AUGGCUGGCGACAAUGCCCGCAGUCGUGUUGGCAAUCAACGGGAAAAGCCGAAGAUCUCCGAAGAGCCGAGUCUCAGCCUUCUACAUAAACAAGGUCAGAGACUGCAGCACUCACUCGACGGACUUCAUAUCGAGCAACUCAUCUUUAGGAGAGAACGGGACGAACUCAUUUGCUUCCUGUGGCGUCUGACAACAAAGAUCGACAGGAUGCUGCAGUGUUUCCACUUUAUGGUGGAGCCCAUCAAAAGCAUGACGCUCAAAAUUAAGGCAUCGAACGUGAAACCCAAGAAGAAGAGUAAGACUGACAACCUGGAUGAUGCGCAGCUAUUUGUCGCAGAACUGGCUCGAGACCUCGGUCGAGUAUGCCAGGAUUCGUCAGUCCUGGAGCACAUCUGGAACCAGGAUGAGAUCUGGCCGACCUCUCUCUGCUGGAUCUCCAUUCUUGAAUGGGCUUCCAUGAUAGAGAGAAAGAAGAGGCCCAUGCAGACUGAUGGCUGGCCGGAAACUGAUGGUGACAAAAGGUGUGAGGUGACUGAUGAAAAGGACGUGCUUAAGGCCAAGUUAUUCCUCCUGGAAUGGAUGAAAGACCUGAGAGCUCAGCCUGAGAAAAGCGUUUGGCCUGGGGAAACGGUGGCCAACAUACUGGAGGACUUGAGGUCAGCUUGGCGUUGGGGCCGUGUGCCGAAUCUCCUGACUGCCAUGGAGCUGGUUUUGUGGACUGUGAUGCUGCAGAAUUCAGAUAAGGAUACCAUAUCGCACCAGUGGUUGAUAUGGAAGCAGCAAGCCAAGAUUGGUGCGAUAGCCUACAUUCCUCAGCCAGUAUGGGACUGGAUCACAACUGCUGCAGUGGAAGUUACUCUGAACAAAGACACAGCCAAUCCUGAUCUUCUCAUCUCGGGUGACGAUAAAAGGAUGCGUUGUGGCUUUGAGAGGAAAGACGUUCCCAACUACCACCAGCGCUUUGAUGGCUGGUGGUGUGCUGUUGGAACGGUGGGCUUUGAAUCCGGUCGUUACUACUGGGAGGUGGAGGUGGGUGAGCGAGACUGGCGGCUGGGCGUGGCCAAAGAGUCCGCUCUUAGAAAAGGGUUCAAGUCCCUCAACACAGACUCAGGUUACUUGACCCUGCGUCUGGAAAGGGGCACUGAGCUUAAAGCGCUCACGGUGCCCUUCACUGCCCUGCCGCCGGGCCUCAUCGCUCGAAAAGUGGGCGUCUACCUCGACUACGAUGGCGGCCAGCUGUCCUUCUAUGAUGUGGACAAACGUGUCCACAUAUACACAUACAACGAGAGCUUCAAAGAGAAGCUCUUCCCACUGUUCGGUACUGUGGAGAUCACUAAUGAGCUGGUGAUCAGGACCCCUGAAGCCAACACCCAAUGUCUCUGUCUGUGGGUUUGAUUUCAUAGCUUUCCAACUCUUCCUUCCACAUCUCCAGUAUAUACAUAUAUCAUAUAAAGGAAUUUAAAAAGUGACAAGUUUAUGCAAAUUACUCAUUACUGGUAGGAGUAAAAGACCACUGCUGUGCUUUCAAAUAGCUUCAAGGUGUGAUCACUCUCUAUGCUGCUGCUGCUACUUUCCUUUUUCCCACAAUCAAAUCACAAACUAUCCUCACAUGUGUGGUAUUUGGGAAGAGAACCGUAGGAUCUACAACGUCAUGUACUGUAAUAUUAGUCGAAUACGAAAUAAAAAAUGU